CAGAGUAGCCGGUAUUCCCUCCCCUGUCCCUCUCUUCCCUCCGCCUCCUGUCGUCAUCCCGAGCCACGUGUGAGGGAAGCUGAAUACCAUCUGAAACCCCAAUCUCAGGGCUUUAUAAUCCCGGAAUGAGCGGCAGCAGCUGUGUUGCUCCGGAGGAUGCAAUAAGCAGUCGGGAGUGGGGAAUAUUGCCAGUAAUCCUUCUCUGCGUGCCCUUCCUCCUGCCGACCACGGGAACAUGAAGGCUGUGUCUAUCCAGAUCCUGCUCGUGCUGAGGGCCUUGUGCCUGGUCACCCUGGCUGGAGGGCAACCCAAAGCACCCCUGAAGUGUUCAAAGGAGUGCUAUGGCUUCACAUCCAUGAUAGCGGAGAAGAGGAUAAGGAGCUACCGCCGGACCGAGCCCGGAUGCACGAAAAAAGCCAUCAUAUUAACUACUCUGAAGUCUAAGGAGUUUUGUGCAGAUCCAAAGGCUGAGUGGGUGAAGAAGAUUGUAGAGAAACUGGACCAGAAGGAGGCCACAGCCUCCCCUCUUGCUCGUGAUGCCACCUCACCAGAAGAGCCUGGUGAUGUCCAGAAACAGGUUGGUCCUCCAGUAAGGGCUCCAUCUCAAGCCACUGCUCCAGCUGGUUUCUUCCAAGGGACUGGCACAGCAGUCUGGGAGGGAAUACAUUCUCCUGCUGCAAGGACAGAGGUGUCCAGCAAGUCCCCACCAGGCAGGCAGGACAGCACCCAGCUCCCUGCAGGAUCACCCCCAGUGACUCAGGGAUAUGCUGUGCGCCCUGAGGUCGCUCCAGAAGCAAGCAGAGACUCCUCAAAUCCUCCUGCACCUUCAGCAACUGUUGCAGCAGGUGUGGACUCCAGCCAGCCCACCCCACAUCCCACAGCUCUCGUGCAUGGCUUUUACAGCACCAUGAGAUCUGCAGAGGAACGUGCAGGACUCACUGCAAAUGCUAUGGCUGAUGCUCAAGACACAACUUCUCCUAACUCAGAUUCAGACCCAGUGGCAACUACUAAAGGAUCAGACAAACCUCUGCUUUCUACAGGUGAAUCUCUGGACUCUACAGGUGCCAGGGCCAAUGCACCAGACACUGCUUCCAGCACUUCCAGAUCUGAUCUCCCCUCCAUCCUGGACAGUGUGGACAUUACAACCCCCCCAGACACACCAAUUCCACCAGGCACUAGUUCAGUUUCUACUCUGAACUCCACCAUUGCCACAGACAAAGGGGCUUCUGUCCACAGCAACAGGGUUGUUGGCUCCUCUGCAGAUGGGUCUGGUACCAGAACAUCUGAUUAUUCCUCACCUGCAGCAGAGCAAGAGCCUUCUGAUACAGCAGUUUUUGCUGGCCAGGCAUUCUCAGGCCAAGCCAGGGUGCAGACGAUCACAGAGAGGCCAGAGCAUCAGCCCCUGCCCAGCUUCUUCUCUCAAACACAGUUUGUCAUCCCCGUGUCCGUGGUGAGCGCGGUGACGAUCUGCAGCGUCGCUCUGGUGUGGCUCUACCUGAAGUUCGGAAUCAGACCAGAAGACUCGUCGAGAGAAAUGGUGCAGGGCUUGCUCUACCAGAGGGCAGGACACCAGAACAACGCCUAUCCAAUGGAAGUCAUCUGAGUUCUUCAUGGCCUGGACGUUUUUGGUCUGGACGUUUUUGGCCUGAACGUUUUUGGCCUGAACCACGCGUGUGUUACGGCAGAAAAGCUGUUCGUGCUGAACAGGUGACCACGGGUAGGAAGCAAGCCAGGGAAUAAAAAUACCAGAGGAAAGCAGGAUUCUCGCAGAGCAGAACGUCCAACAACGCAUCUGUUUUGUCGCUGACCAAUGACAGCGCUUUGGAAGUCGUUGGGACACUUCUUUCCUUCUGGCACUGUUACACACACAGGCUGUGGCUGCUCUUUGCCAGGGGGUGGCCAGAGGUGGAUUCCCAAAUUGCUGUUGGGAAUUUUCCUGUGGUUCACCGUGGCUAAGCCAAGAAGCCACUCCCUCACCCACACUGCUGGGCUCAGGCUCAGCCACCCUGAGCAACCUUUUAGCACCAAACCCACACGAUUUGCACUUAAACUCUGCUGCUUCUUUGUGCUUCAGUUUCUCUGGUCUGGCAGAGAUCAGGCCCUUCCUCUCAGCAGCAUUUCUUCUUGGAGAUGUGGUCUGAGACCUGCUUCUUGGCAAAUCAGUGCAAUGAAACCCUCCUGCCACCUGAUGUCCAGCUGCAUCCAACACCAAGGCAGGAUAAUGCAAAGGACUCUUUGCAAAUGGGAGAAAACAAGAAGUCACCCAAUAAUUUUGCUAGUCCUGUGAUAACAUUGGAACACUUUUGCUGUUCUCUGCAAGCAAAAAAAAACCCAGGAAAUUGUCUCUUGGAGGAGCUAAAGGCAAUUCUGGAUUUAGCCAUGUAGGAAUUACUCCACCCCAGCAGAUGUAACAUCCUUCUGCUCCCAUAUCCUCUCCAGAAAUAAGCACAUUUGCUGCUGCACCAAACAAACAAACAAAUAAAAAUUUAAAAAAAAAAAAAAAAGAGGAAAAAACACAAACAAAAUGCCUGUUCAUAGUUCUACUCUUCAUCUGCAGUUUAGUUUUUCCAUAUUGGAUAGCACUGGUCACCAGGCUAUGAAAGCAUCACAACAGUAACAGGCUUUUUUUAAAACCCAAGUUUGAUUUUGAUUUUUCCACAUCCAGACACUGCUGCAUGUGGUGAGCUUUAUGUUUUAUCUGUGGUCAGCCCCUGAAAGCCCUUAUUAAACUUUGACCCCAGUA